AGCGACUCCACUUCCUCGUAGGUGUGAGGAAACAAGCCUAACAUGCGUGGCGAUCACUGGUACCCACGGAAAGUGCGCGUUCGUCAAGCCUGCCGCUACGCUCCAGGACAGUUGUUCUCCUUACCCGGCCAUCCAGAGUGCGUACCCAGGUUUGGGGGUACUGUUCUGGGUCAGAGACACUCACUGUGGCCCCUGGCUUCUCGGUCAUGAAUAGCUUCAAGGGCAGGAUGGGCCAAGACGUGGAGAAGCAAGGCCACAAGCUGCCAAAGCAACACUGGAAUGACCCCAAGGGCAAGGUGCCCACAGACCGCACCAUGGUGGUGGGGGGCAUGGCCGGGGGCGGCGGCAACGCCGGCAAAACCGCCGGGGGCGUGGCCAAGAAACGGCGGCAGCGGUACGUGGAGAAAGACGGCAAGUGCAACGUUCACCACGGCAAUGUGCGGGAGACCUACCGCUACCUGAGCGACAUCUUCACCACGCUGGUGGACCUCAAGUGGCGCUUCAACCUGCUGGUCUUCACCCUGGUCUACACCACCACCUGGGUCUUCUUCGGCCUCUUCUGGUGGCUCAUCGCCUACAUCCGCGGCGACCUGGAGCACGCAGACGACGAUGGCUGGACGCCCUGCGUCAACAACCUCAACGGCUUCGUCUCGGCCUUCCUCUUCUCCAUCGAGACGGAGACCACCAUCGGCUACGGCUACCGCGUCAUCACGGACAAGUGCCCCGAGGGCAUCGUCCUGCUGCUGGUGCAGGCCAUCCUGGGCUCCAUCGUCAACGCCUUCAUGGUGGGCUGCAUGUUCGUGAAGAUCUCGCAGCCCAAGAAGCGGGCGGAGACGCUGAUGUUCUCGCACCAGGCCGUGGUGUCGCUGCGGGACGGCCGGCUGUGCCUGAUGUUCCGGGUGGGCGACCUGCGGAACUCGCACAUCGUGGAGGCCUCCAUCCGCGCCAAGCUCAUCCGCUCCAAGCAGACCAAGGAGGGCGAGUUCAUCCCGCUCAACCAGACCGACAUCAACGUGGGCUUCGACACCGGCGACGACCGUCUGUUCCUGGUGUCGCCGCUCAUCAUCUGCCACGAGUUCAACGAGGGCAGCCCCUUCUGGGAGAUCUCACAGGCCCAGCUCGCCCGCGAGGAGUUUGAGAUCGUGGUCAUCCUGGAGGGGAUGGUGGAGGCGACAGGGAUGACGUGCCAGGCCCGCAGCUCGUACCUGGACUCGGAGGUUCUGUGGGGGCAGCGCUUCACCCCGGUCCUGUCUCUAGAGGAGGGCUUCUACGAGGUGGACUACGACACCUUCCACCACACCUACCCCACGCCCACGCCCGCCCUCUCCGCCCGAGAGCUGGCCGAGCUGGCCAAGAAGGGCGAGGAGAUCCCCCUGCCGCCCCCAUCUCCCCCCGAGGCCUCAGAGGAAGCCCCCAGCCGGGCAGAGGAGCUGGAGAGAGGGCAGGAGGAGAGCGGCGGAGAACCGGAGGGGGACGGCGAGAACGUCACCAACGGCGACGUCAACAAGAUGUAUGGCGGGGACGAGUGA